AAAAAAUCACAAUUAAAAGAUUAAUCCCAAAGAAAUAAAAAAAUUUUCACCAACAUCCAUUAUCCAAGAAGACCACGACCCAACUUUUCCUUUUUCUCUUCCGAGAAAAUCAGGAACUGAAGAAUCCAAGAGGAAUGAUGGACUACGUUUGGUGAUAAAAGCACUCGAUGACGAUGAUGAGUUCAUGGAGCCAAACCAGAUUCUGUCAUUGCGGACCACUACAACUGAUCCCGAACAUUUGAAGGUCAUUCAGUGGGAGGACUUCCAGAACGAUCUCGCGAGGUUGGCGAGUCUCUCUUCAGCACUGGGCGAAUCCAAGGAGAAGAAGCGCGACCUUCACCGCAAGCUGGAGUCUCUCAUCCAGGCCAAUGGUGAAUCAUUAGGUCGGUUGAAUGAACUUGAGGAGAUGCAUCAGAGACUAGAAUCAAAGAAAGUGAUGAUGGAAAAUAUGUCUAUACGUUCUAGGCUUGCUAAGGAGAAUGCUAGCAAGCAGGAGGAGCAGCUUAGUGGUGCAGUGCAAUCACUUCUGGUUGCAGGGGGUGGUCUUUCUGUAUGCAGGAGAAACCUCCAAGAAUCAAGCAGAUUACUUUCUGAAGAAAAUGGUUAUGUUCAUAUGAGAAAAAUGCAAAAGGUGCUGCGGAGGAGGCAACAACAUAUGACAUCUCAAAUUUCAAUGCUCUAUCCUGUGAAGAUCUUGAUUGGACCAGCACAAAAGCAAGAGCUUGAGGCAUAUCCUUCGAGUAACCUGGCAGGAACUUCUGCUGGACUUAAACCAGUUAAUGAAGGAUCCUUAACGAUUCGUGGCCUACAUUUGAAUGUGCGAUCUUUUAGGAAAAUGAGCUUUUUCACUGAUAAAAAGGAAAUUCAGGUGUCUACUACUGCCCUAGGAUAUGUUGCACAUGCUGUUUCACUUAUAGCCUCUUACUUGCAAGUUCCUUUGCGAUAUCCUUUACGGUUGUGUGCUUCUCAUUCGUAUAUCAUUGACAAUGCACCUUCAACAGAGCUAACAUCUGAAGCUUUACCAAAUGCAAACACAAAUGCCAAGCAUGUGGAAUUCCCCCUUUUUUUAGAAGGUCAAGACACAACAAGAGCAGCUUACGCUGUAUUCUUACUAAAUAAGGAUUUAGAACAGCUUUUGAAUUUCAUUGGUGCAAAGAGUUUGGGACCGCGCCAUGUACUUGCUAAUUUGAGGGAGCUCUAUAGGAUUAUCCAGGCUUCAGCUUUUAUAGAUAACUUGAUAUAGUGGUUUUGUCUCUACUGUAAUUUCCUUGUAAUUUGAUUUUUUUUAAAUCCUUGCUAGGGUGCAAUUUUUUUGGUGCACCUUCCAAUGUAGCAUCGUUAUCAAAAUGGAACUUCCUAUAAUGGAUUUGGUAUUCUGUAAAAAAGAGUAUACCGUACUGCCAAAAAAGUAGUGUUAUUUGAGCAUAUUAUAAAUGCCAAAUGCAGAGAUAUAUUGUAUAAGAACUAGUGGAGAAUGGCAUGCAUUUUUAAUCCUUUUGCCUAAAA